CUUGCGUAUUGACGUCUCGCCGCGUCGGAGCGGAGCGGUUCAUCAUGGCGCAGCGCAGCGCGGCGUGUGUUCUGCUGCGGGCGGCGGCGGCGGCGAAUGCGGGGCUUAAGCAUCACGCGAGGGGUCUUCGGUUCAGCGCUGUUCUUAGUCACCGGUCUCCCCCUCAGGGUCCGAUGCCAAAUGAAGACAUUGAUUGGACUCGACUGGACUCUCUGGAGAAAUAUCGCAGUUACACUCGCUACGUGAGAGCGGCAGAGGAGACCGACCGGAAAGAUGUUUGGUGGAAGACCUAUAGGAAAUACAGAGAGGAGGAGAAGAAAGAAGCCGUUGAACCGGUCAACAUUGGGCUCCCGCAUCAGCGUCCCUCCAGGAAGACAGAGUUGAAGGAGAGGAAGAAGGUGAUGCUGGAGAACAAAAAGAACCCAGAGAUGGAAAGAGACGAUCGACUACGAACAUUCCGCAUUCCCCUCGACAGAGUAAAGACGCAGUGGGAGCAGACAAACGGACCGUACCACAUCAAGAGGCUCGCCGAACACUACGGGAUCUACAAGGACCUCUUUCCCAUGGCGUAUUUUGUGCCGCGGGUCAUGCUGCGUGUGGCGUACGGAGAGGAUAGCAGUGCAACAGUGCAUUAUGGGAAUCACUUAACACCGAGUCAGGCGGCACAAGCACCUCAGGUACAUUUUGACGCAGAAGAAAAUUCUCUCUGGACGCUGUUGUUAACCAGCCCAGAUGAACAUCUGCUGGAUGCUGAGCAGGAGUAUCUUCACUGGCUAGUUGGGAAUAUCCCUGGAAAUUCUGUGUCAUCAGGGGAAGAGCUCUGCCCUUACAUCAGUCCAUUUCCAGCCAGAGGAACAGGCUUUCACCGAUACAUCUACAUCCUGUUUAAACAGGAACAUCCGGUUGAUUUCAGCUCAGACCUCAGGUCCUCCCCAUGCUACUGUCUGAAGCAACGGACUUUCCGAACAUUAGACUUCUACAGGAAGCACCAGGAUAAGAUUACUCCAGCCGGUCUUGCUUUUUUCCAAUGCCAAUGGGAUCAGUCUGUGUCUCACGCCUUUCACACGCUAUUGAAUAUGAGAGAGCCGGUGUUCGAGUAUGACAGACCUCCAGUGUAUCACCCACCGCAGAAGAAAUACCCUCACGGACAGCCUCUCAGAUACCUGGACCGCUACAGAGAUGGAGCCGAAAAGACCUAUGGGAUUUAUUAAACAUGCGUGUAUCAUGAUCACUGUACAACUGAAACAGCCAGGCUUUUGUUUGUAAUAAACUAAAUGUUAUCAGCUGUGUUGGGAUCUGUCUAAGGU